GACGAGUUGAGUGUGACUAGGGUUAAGCUCUGCAACAGCAGUGAGCGAGAGAUGGGUGAAGAAGAAGAAGACAGCUGCAAUAAAUCAGGCCCUGUGUUCAGAGACAUAAGGCGUUACUACUGCGAGUACUGUGGAAUAUGCAGGUCCAAGAAGUCCAUCAUCACUUCUCACAUCCAGUCGCACCACAAGGGCGAGAUGGAAGCAGCAAUGGCUCAAGGGGUUGAGGAGAAGGAGGGAGCGAAAGCUAAUACCUGCGACGAAUGCGGGGCGACGUUUAUGAAGCCUGCGCACUUGAAGCAGCAUAUGCAGGGCCAUUUGCUCGAGAGGCCUUUCAAGUGUUCUAUAGAGGAUUGCCCUGCCAGUUAUAGGAGAAAAGACCAUUUGGCUCGUCACUUUCUUCAGCAUCAAGGCAAGAUUUUCAGCUGUCCUGUUGAUGGUUGCAAUAAGUCAUUUGCAUAUCAAGGGAACAUGAAGAGGCACGUGAUUGAUAUUCAUAAUGAUGAGCUACCAUCAACGUCUGGUGAAUUUAAGAGUCCGAAGCAGCAUGUUUGUCCGGAGGUUGGGUGUGGAAAGGUUUUCAAUUUUGCAUCAAAGCUGCGAAAGCAUGAGGAUUCUCAUGUCAAACUGGAGACUCUGGAGGCUUUCUGCUGUGAGUGCAUGAAAUACUUCAGCAAUGCUGAUUCUCUGAAGGAGCACAUGCAAUUGGAUCACCAACUAGUCAAUUGUGAGAUAUGUGGGACUAGGCAGUUGAGGAAGAACAUCCAAUGCCAUCUCUGCACUCAUGAGAAGAAAAAUUCGGCUGAUUCAGAAAUAUUCAGAUGUGAUGUUGAGGGUUGUCUCCGCGUUUUUUCGACAAAAUCAAAUUUACGUCAGCAUGUGAAGGCUGUUCAUCUUGAGGUGAGGCCAUUUGUUUGCGGGUAUAAGGAUUGUGGCAAGAAGUUUGCAUACAAGCACGUAAGAGACAAGCAUGAGAAAACCAGUUGCCAUGUUUACACUCCGGGUGAUUUCGAGGAGUCAGAUGAGCAAUUUCGAUCAAGGCCCAGAGGCGGGAGAAAGACGAAAUGUCCGACGAUUGAAUCCCUGCUGCGAAAAAGAGUUACUCUGCCCGGUGAGCUGGAUUUCCUCUCGGAGUAGUGGCUGGAGUCCUUUCUCUUGGCAGCUGCCAAAGAUAAUGUAUAGGAGCUGUGGUUUUUUGCCUUGGAGGCCGAGCUAAGGUGACAUUCAGUCACCAUCCUCCUGUGUCACUUGUGGUUAAUAGUUGAUAGAGUUUUGCUAUUGUUUUGUCAAUAAAGACAAGAGAGCUGAGCUAAUCCUUAGCAAAAAGUUCUUGUUCUGGAGCUAUUGUCAGCUGUACAUCAUGCAAUAUGGUAAAACUCCAUUGGUGUCGUACUGAUCUGUCAUUGAUCACCUGAUCCAUGUUUAUAGUUCGAUCAGUUGAAAAGUUUUGGUCGAUAUUUUCCUU